GCCCCGCCCCGCCCUGGAUAUAAACGCGAAUCUCCGAAAGGCUCCUGGAGAUCUCAUACUGAGCAAAGUCCUCCUCUCUCAGGCCUCAGCAUGCAAAAGAACACAUCCCCGAACGGCUUCCUGCCCAGCUUCCAGCACUUUGCCACGCAGGCCAUCCACGUGGGACAGGAGCCCGAGCAGUGGAAUUCACGCGCCGUGGUGCUGCCCAUCUCGCUGGCCACCACUUUCAAGCAGGACUCGCCGGGCCAGUCCUCUGGUUUCGUAUAUGGCCGAUCUGGAAAUCCCACAAGGAACUCCUUGGAAAAAGCAGUGGCUGCUCUGGACGGGGCUAAACACUGUUUGGCCUUUGCUUCGGGCCUAGCUGCCACCACGACGAUUACCCAUCUGUUAAAAGCCGGAGAUGAAGUCAUUUGCAUUGAUGAAGUAUAUGGAGGCACCAACAGGUACUUCAGGAGGGUGGCACCUGAAUUUGGACUGAAGGUUUCUUUUGUGGAUUGUACCCAAAUCAAAUUGCUAGAGUCAGCAAUUACACCACAAACCAAGCUUGUUUGGAUUGAAACACCCACAAACCCAACCUUGAAGAUGACUGACAUCGAAGCCUGUGCACGCAUCGUCCACAAGCAUGGAGACAUCAUUUUGGUUGUAGAUAACACUUUCAUGUCUGCAUAUUUCCAGCGACCUUUGGCUCUGGGUGCUGAUAUUUGUAUGUGUUCUGCCACAAAAUACAUGAAUGGUCACAGUGAUGUUGUCAUGGGCUUAGUGUCUGUUAAUUCUGACGAGCUCAAUAGUCGGCUUCGUUUCCUGCAGAAUUCAAUUGGGGCGGUUCCUUCCCCCUUCGAUUGCUACCUCUGCUGCCGAGGCCUGAAGACUCUGCAGGUCCGAAUGGAGAAACACUUCAAGAACGGGAUGGCAGUGGCUACUUUCCUGGAGUCGAAUCCCCGGGUAGAGAAGGUUAUUUAUCCUGGGCUACCCUCUCACCCUCAGCAUGAGCUGGCCAAGCGCCAGUGCACAGGCUGCCCGGGGAUGGUCAGCUUCUACAUCAAGGGUGCUCUGCGGCACGCCGAGACUUUCCUCAAGAGUCUAAAGCUGUUUAUUCUGGCUGAGAGCCUGGGAGGAUACGAGAGUCUGGCCGAGCUUCCAGCAAUCAUGACCCAUGCGUCUGUGCCUGAGAAGGACAGAGCUACCCUGGGGAUCAGUGACACAUUGAUUCGACUCUCUGUGGGCCUGGAGGAUGAAAAGGACCUUAUUGAAGACCUGGAUCAAGCUUUGAAGGCAGCGCACCCGUGAAGUUUGAGCUGAAGCUGGCAUUCCAGCGCUGCCGUCAGGAGCUGCAUCCAAGGGGUCAGAUCUUCCAAAUAACUGGACAGAUCAUAAAGGAGCAUUUGCAGAAUUUCCCAGAGAACAUUUUAAGGCACCUAAUGACUUUUACGGCUAUAACCUUCCCUGUUAAAAACUGUCUUCUGUUUAUCUUCUCCUGACAGGUUGGUUCUGUUAGUAUCAUUUUGGUAAUUUUGCUACAUUUGUAUCCCAGGAGCAAGAAUUGUGGCUAUUUGGGGAAUUAUGUUGCUGGGUUUUUUCUUUUUUUGUAGCCUAAGAUAUAUUUUAAUCAUGUUUACAAUGUCAUAAUUCAGUAUUGAUGUUUUCUGAAGUUAAAUUAUUAAAUGAAUGAUCUUAAAUCGUGAUUUUUUUCCAUCCUGUUGAAAAAAAUUAUUGAAAGUGAUGUUUUUUAUUUAAUUACUAUGAGCCAAAACUCAAAUAUUUGAAAUGCCUACUGUGAAAUUCUAGUAAUUAAAGAUUGUACUUGAUAUUUGCUGUUUUUCUUAAAUAAACCUAAUUAU